AUGAAUCAAGUGGUCGAGUCGAGAUUGAGUAUGAUGGCAAAUGGGGAACUCGUUAAGACCACACGCAGCAUACUGCCCUCACUCCAUCAUUGGCUCAACGGUGUGUUUUGCCUGGGCACCGAGGAGAAUCUCCUCAACUGCCUUAACUCCGGAUUCGGGAGUACCUUCCUCAGUCGGUAUUGCAACAAGUUUUCCCGACCCACCGACGUCUAUCUCAAUUGCUACAACACGACAAUAAAUAUCACCGACAUUCGACUCGUAGGAGGAUCAACCCCCGACAUUGGACGUGUAGAGGUAUACGUCGAAGGACCCAACGAAUGGGGCAGUGUCUGCGACGAUAUGUGGGAUGAUACGAAUGCCCUGGUCGUGUGCCGUGCCCUUGGUUACACCUCCGGCACGGCAGUUGGUAAAGGCAGCUUUGGACGUGGUAUUGGACCCAUCUGGUUGGACAACGUUGUGUGUGAUGGCAGUGAAUCCUCCCUGAUGCAGUGCAAACAUCGAGGAAUUGGCACGCAUAACUGUGCACAUCGGGAAGAUGCAGGGGUCAUUUGUCACACUUCACUGGUUCCACCAACUAUUUCUCCUGCCGGCUCCAACAUUACGUCGCAAGUACCCACUACAACAACAGGUAUGCGACCAUCGGGUAUGACCACGGUCCCAUCAAAGCCUACUACAUCGGUACGGCCAACGAACCCAGCAGCUACUACUAUUCCCAAAUCUAGCACGACCGCUACAACCUCUAAAAAAUCCACUACGACUACCUCCAAGGAAAUCACGCCCAAACCUACAUCAGACAUUACACCGACGUGGUUAUCGACCGCCAGUCAGGGUUCGACGUCACCUGCGACGAGUACGUUCCUGCCGACGCCUAUGUCGUCAACGCCGGACGGUUCUGAGAAGAACCGGUCAACGUCUUACACGACGCAGGCGGCUACUAAACCCAGUAUUGGCCUGGCCAUUAUAUUACCUGUAUUGCUACUGUUUGCGAUCGUUCUAGCCGUAUCGGUCUUCCUGUGCCGUCGUUACCGACAGCACCUGUUUCGCAAAAAGAGCUUUUCCCGACACCGUUUGCGAGAGGAGAUCGUCGAACAGAGCCAGGACGGAAGCCUUCAGGUUAGCAACCAGUUAUACGGUCUCGAGACGCACGAUCUUCGCGGUCCCUUCUCUAAAGAAUUCACCCCGUCUUCAGGCGGCAGCAGGCGAGGAGGCGGUCCAUCCGGGGCCGAACAACUGGACCUCAAGAAAAACGGAAAUGCUUACUAUACGAAGCAAAAGGGUCACGAAGGAUUCGACAACCCGCUGUAUGGGGCUUUUGAUUCCCAGGGUAGGAUGACGUCGUUCGAUCAGGAAUUUCAGCCGAAUCCCCCAUUGAUGGGCAGUGAUUCGACCGAUUUCUCCUUCCAAAGUGACAACAGUGGUCGAAGAUUCAGAGACGACAAUACAGACGAAAGCGUAGCAUAA